GUUGCAGCCUAGCUGACUGAAGGUAACACCCGUCCGUCCCCAUAGAGACAGGCUCCUACAACAGGGCUCCGCUACACUAGUCCUCUGUCAGAGGCGAUGACAGCCGCUGUAUGAAGCAGCCGGCCGUGGGACAUUAAUAUUUUCCUCGAAAACAGACUUUCGGACGUUUGCCAAUCGCAUUUUUUAUUAUUGGAUUAACGACCAUCAGCCGCCAGUCGCAGCUUUAUCCUGAGAGGCCGGAGAUUUGUAUCGCUGGGCGGGGAGGAGUCUGUUAUUUCACCGUUAGCUGAAGCCAGGCCAGCAUGUCGGCGUUUUAACACAAUACAUCCAUCACAAAGCAACGGAGAGGACCAAAUGUGCUCUUAGAGGAUGGAUGUGGAGGUGAGUGCUGGCAGGGACAGCACCUGGAGGAGAGCAGCAGCAGCCGAUGAUGAUGAUGGUGGUGGUGGUGGUGGAGGUGGAGGAGGAGGAGGUGUGGAGGCUCAGGUUGUACCACUGGAGCUCUACGACUCUGCAAGAGCCAAAAUAGAAGCAAAUCUCCGCUGGCUGUUUGCCAAAGCCUAUGGUAUAGAUCACAUCCUUGCAGACCUGCGGGACCCCUUCUAUACAGACCAGUAUGAGCAGGAACACAUCAAGCCCCCCAUCAUCCGCCUGCUGCUGUCCGGAGAGCUCUACUGCCGAGUAUGUGGGCUCAUCCUUCAUGCUGAGCAGGCUGCCUCACUCCAAAGCCACCAGUCUGUCAUCCAGAACCUGUCCAGGAAAGGCAUCUAUGUCCUGGAGGCCGACAACACACCAGUGUCUGAUCUGGAUCUCAGUUCAUUUCCCAUUAAAAUGAGCUCCCACAUCCACCUCAUUGAUGCCCUGAUAAUGGCUUACACACUGGAAAUGAUCAGCAUAGAGAAGGUGGUGUCCAGUGUCAAGCGCUUUUCAAACUUCAGUGCCUCCAAGGAGCUUCCUUUUGACCUGGAAGAUGCUAUGGUCUUUUGGAUUAACAAGGUGAACAUCAAGAUGAGGGAGAUCACAGAAAAAGAGUGUAAAAUGAAGCAGCAUCUGCUGGAGUCUCCCAGCCACCAGAAGUCUCCCUCCAAAUGGUACUGGAAGCUUGUACCUGUGCGUUACCGCAGAGAUCACCUAUCAGGUCGGACACUUCAGCACUUCCCCCUGCUGGACGACCUGUUGAAGGAUGUGUGUGACGGCACGGCUCUGCUGGCUGUGAUCCACUUCUAUUGCCCAGAACUUAUCAGACUGGAAGAUAUUUGUCUGAAGGAGGUUCCUUCUAUAGCAGACAGUGUGUACAACAUCCAGCUACUGAGGGAGUUUUCUAACGAGUACCUGAACAAAUGCUUUUAUUUAAAUCCUGAGGAUCUGCUGUACUCUCCACCAGUACUAAAGAAUAAUGUCAUGGUCUUCAUUGCUGAGCUUUUCUGGUGGUUUGAGAAUGUGAAACCAGACUUUGUACAGCCCAGGGAUCUUCAGGAAGUUAAAGAUGUGAGACUGUUACUGCAGCCUAAAACUUCUCGAUCCUAUGCACCCAUCUCUAACGUUACCAAACGAAGUUUCCUGACAUCAUCGAGCUCUGCGGACGGUUUGACCACGCCACUGAGCCCUGACCUCAGCACUAAACAAAGCUCAACAAGUCCAUCUCACUCCUUGUUGCCCCUGAGACAGAGACAACAGAAGGUGAUUGAGGAGAGCUCUUCAGAUGUGAGAAAUAGGUCCAACUCUCUGACACGUACAGAAGGACAACAUCAGGGCUCCAUACUUGUUCGGCCAGAAAGGAGGACGAGACCGUUGUCACAGCCAGCCCCCUAUGCUCUACAUUUUGCCCAGGAGGACGACACCGACAGUAUCAGCCUUGCUCGCUCCAUCAGCAAAGACAGUUUAGCCUCUAACAUCAUGAGCAUCACCCCCAAACACAUGCUGGGGUCAGGUCUGUCUCAACACAGACUCAGUGGCCAAAGCCUGCUCAGUCACAUGCGCAUAGAGGAUGAAGAAGAGGAAAUAGAGGAAGAGGAACUGGUUGCUGUCAUUCACCCCUCUGCCUUUUCUCGUAAACGAAUUGGGAGUGACAUGGAGCAGGACGAGCUGGAAAUACAGAGUGCAGCCUCCACCUCAAGGGUUCCUAAAACUUCUUGCUCUCCCCGUCUUGACACGGGUCCCUUUACUCUGGACCACCAGGCAGACAGCUACUUUCUAGAGCCUUUGAUGCCUGCAAUCCCUAAGCCAGCCAAAGAGAAGAGCAUCAACAUGAACAAGCAGGAGGAGAGUGGUGAGAGUCGCUUUAGACCAGUGGCAGGUGCAAGGAAACCAACUAUCAAUGUCCCAAGCACCUCACAGAGAAAAUCCCCCAUGGCCGAGUCAAACAGAAGUAUCUGUACACCGACACUGGUGGUUGAAUCAGUCCCUACCUCUCUCAGGCCACCCGCAGAGGGCUCAACUGGCAUCUCUCAGUCUGGGAAGAAACAGUGUCAAGGCUUCUUCUUACAUUUGUCAGGAGAGCCAGACUGUCACAGUCCUUUCUCCACUGGACUAGAGGCUGGACAUGACUCUGACUCUGACAUUGCAGACCUUGAAGAAGAUGAUGACGACGACGAUCAGAUGGAGCUCACUAAAGAGGUGAUAAAGAGAGGAAGGGGGAGGUUCUUAGAGGAGGGAGACUUGACUGAAUUUGGGGAGGUAGAAGGGGAGUCUGCCAAACUGCGGGAAGACUCAAAGGUUAGCGAGCGGGAGGAUAAGGAGGAUGGUAGUGGACGCUCGAGCCCUUGCCCCAGUACCAUAUCCUGGGCGAGCAGUUGCAGCGCGUCAGGCAGUGUCAGUGUCAAGAUGACAAGCUUUGCAGAGAGAAAGCUCCUUAAACUUGGUCUCCGGGAUGGAUACUCAAGCACCAGCAGCUCCCAGAAGACCACACCUGAUGGCUCUGAGGUUGCCCCCUGCCCUCCCUGGCAACUGAGGAGUGAGCCCACCUCAGGCUGGCUGGGGAAGGAGCCAAACACUGUGUUGGGAAAAAAUAUGACGGCUAGUCCUCCAGUUGUGCCUUCAGAGCUGCUGCAACUUCACAUGCAGCUGGAAGAGCAAAGACGUGCAAUAGAGUAUCAGAAGAAGAAGAUGGAGACCUUAUCGGCAAGGCAGAGACUAAAGCUGGGGAAAGCUGCAUUCUUGAACAUUGUUAAGAAGGGUGGAGGGAGAAGUGACACACUUCCUUUACCCCUGAAACACUCCCCGGAAUCCACAGAGCUAACAGCUGCUGACAGGAGUAAAUCAAAGACACAGUCCUGCAGGGAUGAUUCCUGUCUUGAUGCUCUGAAGGUGCAGGCAAGAGCAGGUCAAACAGAGGGAGGACAGGUGAACAGAGACAAGUUGAACCCCAUGUCUCAAGACAAUGGGGCUGAACCUGACUUGAAUGAGUGCUCUCGCUCCAUAGAUCUACUCAACGAAGCUAUCAGUUCUAUUCAGCAGCAGAUGAUGCAUCUCUCCCUACAGCAAGACCUGCUGAUGAAGCAGAGUGUGGUCUCACCUCCAGACUCUGUACAAUCAGACCCAAGCACAAACCCCAACACAGCGCAAACAGAACUCUCUACCUCAGACUCCAGAUCUUAUGCAGUUCACUUUGUAGAUAUCAGUGGCAAAAACUCUGUCCCUGCCCGACGUCCUCCCAAGCUUAGCUCCAGCCAACGCAGCAAAGCCUCAGAGUGGAAACAGAGCAGAGAACACAGCAGGACGGCUUCGGUGAAGUCAAACGCCCCGUCCCCAGACUGUGUACUUUCUGCUGAGACAGGAAGUAUCAGCGAGAGCUCCAGAACUGAUAGAAGUGUUCAGAGAAGCACCACCUUCAGAGUCCGUGAUGGCAGCGGAGAAGGAACCGGGCACUGCUCAGAUAAACCUCAACCACAGGACCCACCAGUCAUCUCCAGCGCAUCCAACUCAGACUCACAGGAUGCAGAACAAGAGAUCAAAGCUGUCACCUCAGGGAAGGAGUUUGUUGGUGGCGAUGAAUCUACCAGGGUCAAGGGUCAACUCAUUGAGGUUGACUUGUCAGAGGUGAAAGAUACACUGGAGGAUGGCAGCACAGAGGCUACAGAUGGCAUAGCAGAGGGAGAACAGAAGAACGUGCUAGGUUUCUUCUUUAAGGAUGAUGAGAAGGCGGAGGAUGAAAUGGCGAAACGUCGAGCUGCCUUCCUCCUCAAACAGCAGCGCAAAGCUGAAGAGGCAAGAGUGCGCAAACAGCAGCAAGAAGCCGAGAGUGAAAUCAAGCGUGAUGAGGCUCGACGAAAGGCAGAAGAGGACCGUAUUCGUAAGGAGGAAGAAAAGGCACGCAGAGAGCUAAUUAAACAGGAAUACCUGCGUAGGAAACAGCAAGCCCUCAUGGAGGAGCAGGGUCUGGUCAAGCCUCGUCCACGGACGAAAUCCCGCAGGAACAGGCCUAAAUCACUGCACCGUGAAGAGUCCAACAGCCUCUCCAAAGGAUCCACCACACCUGAUCUGAGUUGCAGUCAUCGAGGAUCUACACUCUCUUUGGCGACUGAGGUAGACAGUGUCAUUUCUGGAGGUGCAGAAUCACACAGGGCUGGAUCUGUUUGCUCCAUGGAGUCAUUCCCCCUACUGAGCAGGGCAUCCAGCAGGAACAUGGAGCGAGACUGGGAGAACGGCUCCAUAGCCUCAUCCAUCACUUCAACUGAGUACAAUGGUCCUAAACUCUUCAAAGAGCCCAGCUCAAAGUCCAACAAGCCAAUCAUCAUCAAUGCCAUCGCCCACUGCUGCCUGGCUGGAAAAGUGAAUGAGGUCCAGAAGAAUGUUGUUCUUGAGGAGCUGGAAAAGUGCGAGUCCAAUCACCUUAUCAUCCUUUUCCGCGACGGUGGCUGCCAGUUCCGCGCCAUUUACUCGUACUCACCAGACACCGAGGAGAUCGUCAAGUUCACAGGCACAGGGCCUCGUCAUAUCAGCCGCAAGAUGAUCGACAAGCUCUACAAAUACAGCUCAGACCGCAAGCAGUUCACUGUCAUCCCCGCUAAGACUGUGUCGGUCAGUGUGGACGCCCUGACCAUCCACAACCACCUCUGGCAGGUCAAAAGACCAGGGAGUGCACGGAGGAAGUGAGGAGGAGGACACUUGUUUCUGUUCUAUCCACCACUGUUGGGCAGGACCCAAUAAUCUUGACUUGACAUUAGAGCGGGGCGGGUUAGACGUUCUCAUUAAUGAAGACGUGGCAGUGAGAGAUUAUGAAACACCUGCCAACUCAAUGUACUCUCUUUUUUCUUUUCAUUUUGUUUUUAUCCUGCAUGUCACCUGUCAGUGUUUUAAUUUGUGGGUACGUCCUACAUCAGUUAGGCACAUGGUUUCUAUGUAGCAGUGGAGAGAGACUGGACCUGGAGUUGAAUAUUACCGAAUCUACUCACAGUAUCAAGCAUACUACUGACAACAAGUGCAACUACAGACAGGCAGCGAUGAACUUAAUAGCGUCUGUAAGUUUUGCUAUUUCAGCUUAGCAAAAAAAAACAAAAAAACCCUACUGCUGUGAUUAAUCCGGGCUGCUCAUACAGACACUACUUCUACUGCUGGUACAUGCUUUUAUGAGGAGGGGGCUUUGAACAGACUUUUUUAUGUACGUAUGGAAUGGAUGUUCGUCGAUGGUAAUGUCUCGUCUUGUUUUCUAUCUAGUGUGUUUGGGGAAGUGUGUGAGUCUUUGAGUUAGGGAGGGGGAAAGCUGAAUGCGCUCUUCUUGCGUUCAGCCUUGAAUGUGUUUACUCUCAUGAUUAUGCUUUAAAACUUCUGUUAUGCAACAGAACAACUGUGUUUUUUUUUUGUUUUUUUUUUAGUUUUGGAAGCCGUGUGCUGCUGUGAAGGUGGAAGACAAACAAUGUUGUUUUUACACUAAGGGAAACUCUACUAGUAUUUGUUCCAAACAGGAAGCGCUUUUGAGACUGCAUAUUAUACCAUAUCAGCAGUGAAUAUUGUAUUUACUUCGUACGUAUAUUCCACCGCCCAUAUGAGCCAUCUGAGCUCCCUGACUGGCUCAUAUUGCCGAACCAAACUGACUGAGCUGUGCCACUGAGCUGUUUGCUGCUCAUUAACUGCUCACUGGAUUCUGUGCAUUUUUAAUGUAGCUUCUGGCGCUCAGCACUAGUAAUUUCCCUGUAAUGACUGACUGUCAGCGGCUGGUACAAUGUUUGGGAAAACUGCACAAUACUUGAUAUUUGUUUGCUGCAUUUUGUACAUUUUUGAGUAGUAUUUUUUGUACGUUACGUACAAGUUAUGUUUACUAAAAAGCAGGCACUAUUUUGAGGUUUAUUCUGUUACAGGCGUUCAGAGAUGUUCUAAGUCUCAUUUCGUUGUGUUAAAUUGUAUGUUUAUUUAUUUUGAAGAGAUAUAAUAAAAUGCAACUAGGUAUGUUUUCUUGCUAAA